AUGAUCGAUACAAGCAAAUCUCUACACUUGCUGACUACAUUGCUUUCACAAUGGGUAGCAUGCGGACGCCUCUCGUACAAAUUCAGCGUGGCAGCAAUCACCAGUGGCCGAGACGGCAAGCCUCAAAUCAUAGCAACCUUUAGCAAACCCACGCUUCAGACACCUGCCGCUGAGGCUGUGGCCAGACUAUACUUUUAUCUCAGUAUCGAUCUUCAGCGAGUUUGUGGCUUUACGGUUGAACAAGACUUGCAUUUUCACAAUCUUGAGACCAUUAGAUUUAAUGAAGCAAUACUAGAUCGCAUUAUCCGUCGUAAGAUGCAGUUGCGAGCAGCACAAUUAGUUGAUCUCAGUGACGAGUUUGUCGCCACGCGGGUACCGGCAGUCAUUUGCAAACGCAAAGAGGAACAGCGUAAGCUUGAUCGAGACGCAACAGAAGAAUAUCUGCUCGAACAAAUGCAGCACAGGGAUUUUUAUAGUGAUGGUUAUCUCCCGUUUGAAGUUUUCCGUGAGACCUUAAAUUCAGUGGAGCUUAGUUCACGCGUGGUUUCACGUGAAGUGUUGUUGGCACUUGUUGCUGCUAAUCGCGAUGGCAUGGUGUCGUACGGAGAAUUUGUUUCGGUAGCUGCAGACAUGAUCGAUGUUAUUGUCGGACCUGAUGAUAAAUAUGACGAAGAAAUCUUAACAGAGGAUGAAUGGCUCGAUCAAUUUGAGAUCGUGUCAGCUCGCCAAACUCACUAUACUAUUGAAAAACUGACUGCUCUAAUAGAUGCGCAUGUAGAGCGUACUGCUGAUGUAGAGAACGCAAUGGCUGUACAUUGGGCUACAGCUGAAACGGAUUCAACUGCCGUCGUUGAGAAAAAUAAACAAAAAAACGAGGAGAAAGACUUAAACCUAAAUUCAGGUCUUGCAUCGACCAUGAAAAAUAUUCUUGAUGAUGACCAGAGAUGCUCUCAUUCUGCUGGUAGUCGUCGGGCCUCCUUCAAACAGGGUAUCCGUAUGUCACGACAUCAGCUGCGUUCUAUCCUAGAAACUCCACAGCUUUUGCUCAGUAAUGCAGAAAUUAACCUUAUCGUAGCUCUGGUUAAGACGGAAACCAAUACCUUGGGAGUGGAGGAGGUUUUAUGUGAAGAACUGAUAUUGUUGAUUCGUCGAGUACGUCGCAUGAUAUUUGACUAUCAGCGCAAGUGCUUCGUUGAUCGAAUUGAAAAGUACAUACUGGACCAAUUUGAAACUUGUGAGAAGCACAAUCUGGAGGGUACGUCAAAGCAUUUAAAAAAACGUUUGACGCAGAAAGAGGUGAAAAGAGCUGUGAGAGAUAUGCAAAAGUUGUUAUUAUCACCAAUUCAAAAGAUGCAGCUUGUUGCGUUGACUCAAGAGCGGGCUGACGAACCAGAUCAUAUGGUAAAUUACCUCAAGCUUAUUCCACGCAUGGCACAGCAGCUGCAUGAGCUAGUCGACGCGACUUUCUUAAAGAAAAAAGCCAAACUACUUCAUGACGUGAACAUUUUGAACAUCAAAAAGGUGAAUCUUCCUUGUGAAGGUGUCGUCAGACAAGCAAGUUACGGCUCUUUUGCACAAUAUGAUACCUUGCAGCUUGGCGUCAUACCUAUGAGAGAUUUUUAUACUGCUCUUGAACACCUUAGCCACACUCACGACUUUCCAUUUGAAAGUAAAGCGGAGAGGAUUCAGUCAGGUGUACUGGCAGACCCAAGUGGUGAUGGUCGCGUCAACUACGCUCGUUUUCAGCAUCUGAUGUACCCUUUGAUGAUACAUUUUUAUCAGGAGCAUGAGGUUUUGCGUGCGAUGUGCAUUGGUGAUAAAAGUACAUAG